AUGCGGAGGAAGCUUCCCACCUCCGCCUAUCAUCAAUUCUCGCGUCUGGUCUAUUCGUUCCCUGGGAUUGUCGCAUCAUUAUGCGCAGAGCCUCCAAUGGUUGAACUAUAUCCCUCUCUGGCACAAUGCGCCAUCGUCGCGGCUGCCUUCAAGGUGCUGCUUUUCCCCGCAUACAAAUCAACUGAUUUUGAAGUCCAUCGCAAUUGGCUCGCCAUCACCCAUUCCCUUCCAGUUCAAGAGUGGUACUACGAGAAUUCCUCAGAAUGGACGCUCGAUUACCCACCAUUCUUUGCUGUGUUUGAAUGGCUAAUGUCGCAGGCUGCGGCAUAUGUGGACCCUGCGAUGUUGGUUGUGAAGAACCUUGGCUAUGAUUCCUGGCAGACUGUCUAUUUCCAGAGAACUACUGUGAUAUUGACGGAAUUGGUUCUUGUUUAUGCGCUUAGUCGAUUCAUCAAGUCUGUUCCUUUGGCCAAUAAGCAAGCCGCGCAUGUGGCGAGCCUUUCCAUCCUGCUGUCCCCGGGUCUCUUCAUCAUCGAUCACAUCCACUUCCAAUACAAUGGGUUUAUGUAUGGAAUUCUGAUUCUGUCAAUCGUCCUGGCCCGGAAGCAGUCCACCCUCCUCUACAGUGGAAUUCUUUUCGCGGUCUUGCUGUGCAUGAAACACAUCUACCUAUAUCUUGCUCUCGCCUACUUUGUCUUCUUGCUGCGCACCUAUUGCCUUGAUCUCAAGUCAGCUUUCCGGCCCCGGUUCGGCAACAUUAUCAAGCUUGGGGUGUGUGUGGUUGGUGUCUUCACAGUUGCCUUUGGUCCGUUUGCGCAAUGGGGCCAGUUGCUGCAACUCAAGGACAGACUGUUUCCGUUUUCAAGGGGAUUGUGCCACGCGUACUGGGCUCCAAAUAUUUGGGCAAUGUACUCGUUCACUGAUCGAGCUUUGAUUCCCCUUGCUCCUCGACUGGGCCUUCCCGUGAACGCCGAUGCUCUCAACAGUGUCACGCGAGGGCUGGUUGGAGAUACCUCUUUUGCCAUCCUCCCCGAGGUUACCAAAGAAUAUACAUUCAUCUUGACAUUGUUGUUCCAAAUGGUUCCUCUGGUCAAAGUCUGGCGUAAUCCAGGCUGCUGGGACACCUUCGUCGGCGCCAUCACCCUUUGUGGCUAUGCAUCAUUUCUCUUCGGCUGGCAUGUGCACGAGAAAGCCAUUCUUUUAAUCAUCAUCCCGUUCAGCUUGGUCGCACUCAAAGAUCGACGCUACUUCAGCGCCUUCCGCCCCUUGGCGGUUGCAGGACAUGUCUCACUCUUCCCACUGUUAUUCACGGCAGCCGAGUUCCCGCUCAAGACUGUUUACACGAUUCUGUGGCUGGUGCUCUUCCUCUUCGUCUUUGAUCGAGUGGCGCCCGUUCCACAACGGCCUCGCAUAUUCGUCUUCGACCGGCUCUCGCUGCUUUACUUGACUGUCUCUAUUCCUUUACUUGUUUACUGCUCUUUGGGUCACCAAUUAAUCUUCGGAUGGGAUAGACUACAAUUCCUACCGUUGAUGUUCAUCAGCAGUUAUUGCGCGCUCGGUGUGGUCGGAAGUUGGAUUGGCUUUAUGGUAGUGUACUUCACAGCAUAG